AGAAACAGCUGGCCGAUGUCAGCCAAUCGGCGCCCUUAAGAGAAGCAGCUGGGGUGCGUUAGAGCAUUUACAGGAAACGUAGACGAGUUUGUGUCUCGCCUGCUUGAACUAUCUCCGCGAACAAAUGACAGAACCUGACAGUAAACGCUGGCAGCACACGUUAACGUAAAACAGGCAUGAGUGCGCUGGAUUUGCAAACAAACAUGGCCUCCUCCACGAGCGGAUGGAGCUUGUCCUCCAACUACGUCCCGCCCUGCCUGGAGAACAAGCUCCUGGUGCAGACGUCGUCCUCGUUACAGAGCACCUCCCUGCAGCCCUCCAGCCUGACCGCCACCUCCUCCGCCCUCUUGUCCUCAGUCUCUUCAUCGCUCCUCAGCACCAACAACACGCUUCUGAACUCCUCCCAUCUCACCUCUUUGACUCCGUCCACUGUCAACCCUCUCCUCUCCUCCUCUUUAUCAGGCGAUGCUCUCCUCUCUCAUUUGUCCCUCCCAUCUUCUUUCCUUCCACGAGAAGAAGAGCAGAAGAAACAUGAUGAAGUCGGAGAGGAAGUAUCGGAAGCGCAGCUGUGCUCUUUCGAAGAAACAAGCAUGUAUUCAGAUGAGGAUGAUCAAAUGUCAUCCGAGGAGGGUGUGUUUGCUCCCGAACCCAUGGAAGUCUCCGUACCAGAUCAUCGGGAGAAAGAGCAAACAGUGGUCAGGAGGCUGGAGCAAUUUGCAGAGGUGGACCGUAACAAGCAGCAGAUCGAAGAGGAGCUAAAGAAUAAGAAGUAUCUCCUGCUGAAUGCCGUGUGCCUCUCCCUGGUCAACAAGAGCACCGCGCCGGGUCAGAAGGACUGGGAUGCCGAGGACAGUGUGUGGUCCAGAAUCACCAAGCUGGUGCAGGACAUUGCCAUAUCUGACCCCCAAUUUAUUCUCAAGGUGGCGCUGUACACAAGACAAGAAUUGAACAUCCGCAUCACCGCCAACUUCCUGCUGGCUCUGGCCGCCAAUCACCCUGCCACCAAGUCGCACGUGCGCCGCUAUUUCUGCGCCGCUGUCCAGCUGCCGUCCGACUGGCUUGAGGUGGUGCGCAUCUACAGUACAUGCUUCAGCCGCUCGCUGCCCAUGUGCCUGAAAAAGGCCAUGACUGACAAGUUCAAGCAGUUUAGCGAGUAUCAGCUGGCCAAGUACAACACACGGAAACACCGCUGUAAGAGCAACCGCAACAAGUGCAACAAAAAGAAACCAACCAGCGAGGAUAUGGAAAAAUGGGCCAACAUGCUGCGAUCUGACACAUCAAUGCUGCAGAAAUAUCUAGAAGUAAAGCCCAAAAAGACGGUAGACAAAAAGCAAAGCGAAUUCAACAUGAAGAAGAUGAUCAAGAAGCUGCACAUCAAAGAACCAGCCGAGCACGUCAUGGCCAUCCUGGGACGAAAGUAUCCCGCCGACCUGAAAGCGUUCAACCACAGCGGAUUGGAGGGCUCGUGGGAGCGGGAGAGGGCGGGUCAAAGGAUGAAGCUCAAGAACGUAGAAACAUGGGAACGUCUGCUUAGUCUCGAGGGCAACAAGGCCGCCACCUGGGAGAAACUGAUUGACAAUAAUUCUCUGCCCUUUAUGGCUAUGCUGAGGAACCUGAGGAACAUGAUCUACCAGGGUAUUAGUGCAAAGCAUCACCAGAAGAUCAUCAGCAGGCUCACGAAUAAGAAAGCAGUUCUUCAGAGCCGUCAGUUUCCCUUCCGCUUCCUGUCUGCCUACAAAGUUGUCAUGGAGCUUCGCAGUCUUGCAUCACCACAAGAGGCCCCUACCAACCAAGUGAUCCUGAAGAAUAUCCUCAACCAACUCCCAAAGAGCAAGCGCUUCCGUCGCCUGGACUGGGAGUCGGCCAGCAAGAAGCGACUGCGGGUGGCGCUCGGUGUGCCCUUUGUCUACCGUAUAUACCGCACUAAAAAGGACCAACUCUUCAAAGCCAAUCGGAGGGUGUACACCAUCAACUUGCUGGACCGUUACCGGCAAGCCCUGGAAACAGCGGUGCAGAUCUCCUGCCGCUACAAUAUCCCGCCCCUUCCGGGACGCACAGUCAUCUUUAUCAACUACCAAAUGAAUUACACGCGGUCCUGGAACAAAGAACUGGACUUCUGCCUUCCACCCAACACGGAGCUCAGUGAGGAUGAGGAAGAGGAGAUGCAACUAUUUGAUAACAGGAAGAAAAGAAAGAGUGAAGCGGACAAGCUCUCUCCUUCUAUGCUGGAGGUGACUAUUCUGCUCUCACUUAUGAUCGCCAGCAGCUGCGAGGAUGCCCACGUCUGCUUGGUGGACUAUUACCAAUAUGCAGACGCGCAGCUGGAGUCCGACUUGCUUUUGGAAAAUGUGCAGAGCGUGAUGCGGCAAAUCAAGGCGUUGACAAAAGUGACGAGAGACAAACGGGCCGAAUUGAGCUCUUACUGCCACAAGAUCCUCCGGCAAAACAAGGCAGACAACAUCAUCAUGCUGACUGAGAACUGGACAAGCAACGAGGUGGCAUGGGCCAUCAAAAGCUACAGGAAGGAAUGUAGGAACAGAUGCCUUUUUCUUGAAAUCGCCAUGUCGAGCACAGUGUAUGAGUCCAAAACCUGCGACCCGAACCACGUGUUUCUGCGGGGCUUCAGCGAACAAAUGCUGAGAUUUGUGGCUGAGCGAGGCUCGACCAGGCUGCUCAACCACGUGGAGCAUUUGGACAAAGUGUACAACGUCCCAGCGCCAGAAGGAGCCAAAGAUCCCGAGAUGACCAACAGCCUGGCCUCAAUUCCCAUCACCCCAAAGUUAAGGUGGCGUGACGUGCGCGUCUUCAUCUCAUCCACCUUCCGCGACAUGCACGCCGAGCGCGACAUCCUGGUGCGCAGUGUCUUCCCGGAGCUGCGCCGCCGUGCUGCACCGCACCACCUCCACCUGCAGGAGGUGGAGCUGCGCUGGGGCGUGACCGAGGAGGAAUCGGACCGAGCCGCAGCGCUGUGCCUGGCGGAGGUGGGCCGCAGUCAGAUGAUGGUGGUGAUCCUGGGACAGAGGUACGGCCUCGUGCCGGACGCACCCUCUCUACCGGAUCUUCCGCAGUACAAAUGGCUGGCAUCGGGCCCCGAGGGCCUGUCAAUUACAGACAUGGAGAUCCGUCACUUUCAGGCUCUCCACGGUCAUGCGGCAAGGCAGCGGAUGUUGUGCUAUUUCAGGGACCCUGGCGUCAUCAAAACGGUACCUGUGGCUUGGAAGUCCGACUUUGCCCCUGAAUCAAAGGAGGCCGAGUCCAAAAUGGAAAGUCUGAAGCAAUGGAUCCAAGUCCACAAGAUGAAGGUCACCAACAAUUACACGAGCGAGUGGGGCGGUGUCGUGGAGGGCAAACCCUACUUGAAGAACCUGGAGAACUUUGCCAAAGCAGUGCUGGAGGACAUUUGGGAGGCCGUCGUCCAGCAAUUUGUCAACGAGGAUGACGAGGACGAGGCCAGCACAGAAUCUGCAGUGUUGGAGCAAGAAGUUCACCAGGAGUCGCUGCAAAGGCAGUUUCUCAGCCGGGCCAAGCUCCUGUCGGCCGCCGUGGAGAUGGUGGAGCAAACGCAGGCCAAAGGAGGGACUGUGGUGGUGGAGGGACCGCCUGGGCAGGGCAAGACGAUCUUCAUGGCUGCGCUAGCUGAGGCCCUCAGAAGCAGCACCGAGUCCAAGAAAAACCUGGCAUGUGACGUCAUCUCAUACUCGACAGCAGCAAGCCAAUCAUCUUGCUCCGUGGUCAACCUCCUGCACUGUCUCGUCUGCUGUUUGAGGCGGCUGAAAGAGGAGGAAUCGCCUCUUCCCAUCACAUACAAGGAUUUGCUAUCAGAGUUUCACACUACUUUGAAAGAGAUGAAGAGGGACAAGCCUCUUGUGCUGGUGGUGGAUGGGGCCGAUCUUGUGCGUGAUGACUGGGAUCAGCUCAGCUCUGGUUGGAUACCGCAGUAUCUACCCCAGGGUGUUUGUUUGGUGACCAGUGCCACAUCCACCUCAUCGCUGUUGCACGCGCUGUCCAAGAAGAGCUCGACACUGCUCUUCACUCUGCCGCUGCUCACAGUGACCGAGCGAAAGGAAAUCAUUCGGAAGGAAUUGGAUGCCUUAGGGAAGAAACUUAGUGACUCCACCUUCAAUAACCAGCUGCAGAUGCUGAUCAUGAAGAAAGGGGCAGAGUGUCCUCUCUACCUCCACAUGGCAUGUGAAGAGCUGAGGAACUUUGCUACUUUUGACAAGCUGAAUGAGAACCUCCAAGCUUUGCCGCAGUCCCUCAAUAUGCUGGUCCAGUACUGCCUGAAGAGACUUUGUUCAGACCACAGAAGUAUGCUGGGACUCCAGUUGGCUCUGACAGCACUCACAAUCAGCACCUCCGGCCUUAGAGAACGAGACUUGUACUCAUUACUGAACGUGUGCAACGACCUAUGCUCGGUCAAAGGACAGGUCACAUGGCAGGAACUGCUGCCACUGUGCAGGACCCCCAGAGGACGUGUUCCCAUGGCGGCAUUUACCCAGGUUGUGCAAAGCUUACGAAGUAUGAUGAUUCCGUCUCAGUGCCACAACACAGACUACGUGCUGGCUCUGUCUAACCCCGACGUGAGGCGAGCCUUUGAAGAUGUCCUCCUCACCUCAAAAGACCACAGAAGAAGAGCUCACCUUGUGUUGGCGGGUCACCUGUGGCUGAGGGCUGACGCUCAGGGUGCUGAUACUUUUCUACACGGAGAGGUGGAUGCUCUCCAGCAUCUUCCUGCGAGUUUGAUACAAAGUGAUGAGCUGGAGGUGCUACGUACCCUGUUGUCCAACUAUUACUUCCUGUACGCCAAUGUGCGUCACAACUUGCUGCGCCACCUACUGGACACUUACAAUGAGUAUGAUAAAAAGUCAUCCACAUUAACCGCCGACCAGCGGGCCAGCAUCAACGACUGCCGAGCUUUUCUGCAGCGCCAUGCGGCAGUGCUGUCCCAAUGGCCGGCGCUCUUCGUCCAACAGGCCCUCAACGAACCUCCCGAGAGCCCCGCUAGCACCUGGGCCCGUGGCCUGCUGGCGAGCGGAUGCGUGCGGGCGGUGGAAUGGCUCAACAACGAUAAUCAAACAGUUAUGGAGAGCAGCCAGCUGGUAUCCACCUUCACAUUCGAGCCCACUUGCAUAGCGGUGGGCAAUGAAAGACAGAUGAUUGUUGGGACUGGACAAGGAACUUUGCACUUCGUCAACGCAAACACCGGACAGGAAAUGAAGUCUUUGGUGAGCAGCUGCGACGGCAUCUCCAGCUGUGUCGUCCUGAAGGAUGGACACCUCGCCACGACCUCUUUCGAUGGCCGAAUCGAGAUCUGGGACGCCGUCAACGGAUGUCGGACGUCUCUCGUUAAGGGCCACGCUAACGUGAUAACAGCCAGCGACAUCACCGCUGACAAGAAGCACAUGGCCACGGCCUCACUGGACUUCACGCUGAAAGUGUGGUCUUCAGUCAAAGGUCAAGAGGUAGCCCAUCUGGACAGCGACAGCCCUCUGAACUGCGUUACCUUCGACUCCGAGGAUCGCCUGGUGGCUGCCGGCUGCUGGGAUGGGAAGGUCAUCGUGUGGAAGUGGCUUCAGGAUAACGCCCAAGUGCGGCUGUGCGGUCACAGCCGCUCAGUGCGCAGCAUCUCUUUCUCGCCGUCGUCGUCGUCCACGUUGUGCUCGGGGUCGGUGUCCGGGGAGGUACGCGUGUGGUCUGUGGACGCCUCCACCUGCGUGGGAUGCUUCCAGGCGCACACUGGGGCCACCGACGCCCUCUCCUUCCUCGACCGGGGCCGUUUGCUGUUGACCGCUGGCUCCGAUCAGAUGCUUCAGCUGUGGUCAGGUGGAGUUGGACGCUCAAUAGCUACAUUAAAGAAACACUGGGAUGUGCAGGAGCCUCCUCACAAGAAGAGCAAGCGUGGCAUGUCCACUGAGGCCGGCGGCCUCUGUGCGGCCGUCAGUGGGGACUACGUCGCCGUGGGUUACCAUGGUGAUGGAUUUAAACUCUUCCGCUUCAGCUCGGGUGAGAUGAUUUGGGAGUCAGGCCUUUUCCGCUUCUCUGUGCCGUCCCUGCUGUGGAUUUGUGCGGACUCCUUGUCGGGCAACCCAUCACCGCUGCUGUUGUCCACGGGCCACGACAAGCUUGUGCGGCUGUGGCAGGGAACUCUCGGGGACAACGGAGAGCUGACGGGACUGGAGAUGAAGGAAAUGUUCGGCAGCCAGUUUGGCGUCAUCCUCGCCGUGGCGCACAAUGCCACUUACCUGGCCACUGCUUCGGAUGACUCCACCAUAUUGCUGUGGCUGCUCAGCGAGCUGAGUGACAAGUGCCAUUCGGAGCCACCUGCUGGCCUGCUCAAAGGUCACAGUGGGGCAGUCACCUGCCUGGCCUUCAGCCCCGACGGUGCAAAGCUGCUUUCUGGUGGAAAAGACAAAACUCUGGUGGUGUGGGACAUGACCUCAACGUCUCCUGGUCUUUCCAAAGUCCUCCCAGCCUUCCACAGAGAUUGGAUCACCGGUUGUGUUUGGACUUCCGACUGUGUGAUAAGCUCAUCCAGUGAUGGCAGACUUUCCUUAUGGGACAUCGAGGCCGCUCAGAGCCUGCGUGAGAUCACAUGGACGAGUCCUCUCACAGCCGUCUGCAGCCUGGGGCCUUACGUGGCGGCCGGUUGCGCUGACGGCAACCUGCACGUGUGGAAAUGGGAGACCGGCGUGGAAAUCUGCCACAUUCCCGGCCACGAGGGAUGGAUCCACGCCUGCUCCAUUGUCCCUGAAGCGGAAAAAGAAAAGAACCCAGAGAAUCUCACGGUUUUGACUGCUGCCCAAGAUGGAACUGUGAAAUUCUGGAAGCCCUUCCAGGUGGAGCACUUCAGUACCCUCCUUGGUCACAGCGGUGGCAUUCGCAGCAUCGCUCGCGAGGGAAACAUCCCAGAGUUUCUCACCGUGUCAGAAGAUCGCUCCUUGCGAAGUUGGACUUGGCAAACCGAACGCCCCCCGAGCCUGCGGGGCGCCGUCACCGCGCUCUGCUUCUCCGAUGGGGACGACCGUGUGCUUCUUGCCGGCUACGAGUCGGGCCUGCUGGAGGUGUGGCUGAGCAGCCAAGCGGUCGGAUGCAUACAGGCUUCAAACAACGCUGUCAUAGCCAUCUGUUCCAUGCCUCACGGCUGCUUUGCUGUCAGCUAUGUGGGCUGUUACGUAGAUGUUUGGAAAGUUACGUGGAAUCAGGAGCACAGCAAUGCCAGUUUAGUCAAGGUGAGGUCGCACGAGGUGAAGGAGCAAAUGGCACACCUGGCGUACUGCUCCGUUCUCAUCGGCGUGUCCAGGAGCAGUUUGAUUUUCGACGUGACCUGCAUCGACGAACGCAAGCAGUGGUCAAUGAUGGUCAACAGUUGGAACUUUCAAGUCGGCAUUCUGGGACUCAUCCGAAAUGACGAGAAAAGCAUCUGGUUGGUGGGAGAGUCGGAAACAAAGGUCCACGUCGGCUUUAUCUUCGCCAUGGGCCCAGAGAAUACUAUUAAUUCAUCUUUCAGCUCCAUGACUCUGGAGACCUCGGAUGAGGAGAAAGGCGACUUGAUGACAGCCGUGACGAUGGACCAAGAAUUUGUGGUGUGUGGAGACGUGACAGGGAAAAUGUGGUUCAACCAACCUUCAGAAAAAUUCUCAUGGACCAGCAGGAAGCCAGCCCACCAUGACAAGAUCAGUGUGCUGAGGCUCACCCGCAGCCUCAUCAUCUCAGCCUCCUUCGACCGUACAGUGAAACUGUGGGACAGAAGCACCAAGAAACAAGUGGGAAUGUUUGUGUGCGGCGGUCCCGUGGUCUUGCUGGAGGUGAACCCGGAAAAGCCCUCAGAGAUGGUGUGCGGCGAUGCGCUGGGAAAGGUUUACUUCCUAUCCUGGAGGGAAUAGGAACACGCAUGGCACUAAUUAACCAAAGCUUCUGUAUAUUGUGCAAUAGCAAUAAGACACUUAUGUGUAAUAUUAGUUUUGAAGAGAGCUUUAUGUUGGCAUGCUCACAUGUGCCUUUGGUUUACACAGCAGACUUAUACCGUAUGUUAUCCAUGAUCUUCUCAUGUGUGGGCGAAAUUUGUUUGAAAGUCAUUAAAGAUGGCAUAUAUGAAAAGUCUCUCAUCUUUUUACAGCUGGGAAAAAUA